GACGAAGCCAUGAAUAAUUCUGAUGGAGAAACUGAUAUGGAUUUUUGGUUGGAACGAUGCUCCAUCUGUUUUGAUGCUCCCUUGGAAUUAUGUUUAGACUACUGUCGCGAUCAAUAUUGCCGACCCUGUUUCCAAAGAUACGUGACGGAAGUAGUGAUCGCAUCCUGGGGCCUUAGUGUGACCAAGAUCAGAUGCCCUGUGUGUCAAGUUCAAAUCCCGCAGAGCGAAUGGAGCAGAUAUGUCCCGCUCAGUGUUGUGGAGCAAUACAAUCGAUUCAAUCGACCUUAUCGCAGUUUCUCACGUUGCUGUCCCAAAUGUGAAACCAAAAUGGCACCAUGU